UGCAAACCCAACCUUUUCCCAGCAAAAUCCAAACCCUUUUGCACCCCCUUUCUUUUUCCAUUUUUCUCUCUCUCUAAUCUCUCCCCAUGUGAUUUCAUCUCUCUCUCUCUCUCUCUAUCAAUUCAGUUUUUCAAAUUCUUAUCGAAAUUCUGGGUCUUUUUCUGGACCUCAAAAGGCAAAAUCCCAGAGGAAAAAAUGGAGCUUUCUGAAGCUAAGCUGCAAGUUGGAAAAUUUGAAUGAUGGGCGCUUAGGUUCGUAUCAAAUUUGAAUUUUCUGAGAACUCGAAAGAAUCAGAAAGAAAUCAUCCAUCUUUGUUUACUCGACAAAAGCGAGAUUCUAAACAGCUUUAGUUUACCGGGAGGGAGGUUGUACUGGGUGCAAAAGAGCAGACACGCUACCUGGCGAACUGGCAUAACAUACGUCUGCAAGUUGUCAUCUUUUUGUUGAUUGAUGCUUACGAUGAGGGACUUCCCUUCUUGUUUUGGUGAAAAUGGGGUUCAAAUUGCAGAUUUUUCGUCAUCAUCUUCCUCGUCGAGAGCCACAAAAACUGCCCAGAACUUGGUAUCCUGCGUCUACCAAUGCAAAUUAAAGAGCAGAUUGUGUUUGAUCACUGUGACAUGGACCAAGAAUCUGAUGGGGCAAAGCCUCGCCAUCGAAAUCGAUGAUGUAGCCGGUCAUUGCCUCUGCAGAGUUGAGAUUAAGCCAUGGAUUUUCUCCAAGAGGAAAGGGUUGAAGAAUUUGGAGGUGGACUCUACGAAAAUCGACAUCUUUUGGGAUUUAACAAAUGCCAAAUUUGGUUCAGGACCUGAGCCAUUGGAGAAGUUUUAUCUAGCUCUUAUGUUUGAUCAAGAAAUGGUUCUGUUUCUUGGGGACUUGAGGAGGGAGGAUUUCAAAAGCCGUGAUGAGUCCAAUUCCAAGUUCAAAUCCAAAUCCAAAGCCGAAUUCGUAGCGAAAAGAGAGCACAUUUUUGGGAAAAAAUUUUAUGGAGCAAAGGCACAGUUUUGUGAUUUGGGCAAAACCCAUGACUUGAAAAUUGAGUGUGAAACUGCCGGGGGCCUCCAUGAGCCAUAUCUUGUAAUCAGCAUUGACAGCAAGACUGUGUUGCAGGUAAAGAGGUUGAACUGGAAGUUUAGAGGCAAUCACACAAUUGUGGUAGAUGGGAUGAGAGUUGAGGUGUUUUGGGAUGUGCACAAUUGGCUGUUUGGGAAUCCAAUGGGAGAUGCAGUUUUCAUGUUCCAAACUUGCAUCAAUGUUGCAGCAGAUGAAAGCAGAAGUUAUGGACUGGUUUGCCAGUUAUGGAUCCUUCUGUGUUGAGUUGGUCAUCCUCCUCUCAGGAGUUGAGAGAUAACCAGUUGCAGGAUUUUGGGUUCUCACUGAUCUUGCAUGCUUGGAAGAAUGAAUAGAAGUUAUGUUUUAUUUAUUUAUUUAUUUAUUUAUUUGGGGUUUUACAUAUACUUGAAAUGCAAGUUAUGUUUUUGGGUUGCUCUCUUAUUUUAUAUCAACAUAAUUCAAGGGUAGUGAUUUUCACUCCCGUUUUCUUUU